AUGAACUAUUCACCUCCUACGUGUCAUGCUGCCCUAAGCUUGAUCGGGCCUGACGUCGGCCUCUGUCUUCAAGAGAAGCCUCUCUAUAAACCUGAGCACGCCACACCCUUCACCGAACACCCCUCUCAACUUCGUCAUGUCAUGGAGGCAAAAGAUCUCCAGCCGUUGGGCCAAACCGAGCCAAUCGUCGAGCCCGACGAGAGUGAGAAUGCGCAGAAGCAAUCAUGGGCCAAGCCUCCUCCGGAUCCCGAGUCCAACUUCGAGUCAGAUGCAGACUCGGACGAAGCAUCCAUCAACUCGUAUGAGACACACCAACUCGACAUCUACGAAGAGAAUAACCGUCGCUACCCCAACGACUCAUACCACAUGCCCAACGAUGAACCCGAACGAACCCGUCUGAACAUCGUCCACCAGAUCUACCUCAUCCUCCUAGACGGUCAUCUAACCGCCGCCCCCAUAGUUACCAAUGCGCCUCGCGUCCUCGACAUCGGCACCGGUCCCGGUGACUGGGCCAUUGAAAUGAGCCACGCCUACCCCCACGGCACCAUCAUUGCUUCUGACAUCGGCGUCUUCGACAACGCCCUCGGCCAUGUCGACCUCCCCAACCUCUCCUUCCACCUCGACGACGCCCGCGACGAAUGGGCCUACGACAUCCCCUUCGACCUCAUCCACCUCCGCGGCCUCUCUGGCGCCUUCCCCGACUGGUCCUUUAUCUACCAGCAAGCCUUUGACCACCUUGCUCCCGGCGGUUACCUCGAAGUCGCAGAUACCGACUUCGCCGCUGAAACCAUGAUUGCCCUCCCACCGAACUCCUACCUACGUCUCUUUGCCUCCGCCCUCCGCUCCGCAGACUACUCGGCAGGUUACCUGCGCGAUCUAAGCCAUCUCCAGCCCGCGCUCUUCCGUGCUCAGGGGUUCAUCGAUAUUGAUGUCCGCGAGUACACGUUCCCCAUCGGUCUGUGGCCCGAGUCGCCGCAUGACCGGACCGUCGGCAAAAUGGGCCUUAUUGCCUUACUGGAAGGCCUGGAAUCAUAUAGUUUGCGCGCCCUGACCACUACAUAUGGCUGGGUGGCGGAGGAGGUGCGCGAACUAUGUGACCAGGUGCGUGCGGAGAUCUUGCAAGGCGUGUAUCGGAUUAGUGCGAGGGUGAAGAUCGUGACGGGGCGGAAGCCGUUGACGUGA